UUUUGGCGUGCUCGCGACGCAGAGUCCAGGGCGGUGAGAGAGAGAGAGAGGAGGGAGGGAGGGAGGGGAGGGAGGGAGAGAGGAUGUCGUGGCAGACGUACGUCGACGAUCAUCUGAUGUGCGAGAUCGAUGGCCAGCGGCUCACGGCUGCCGCCAUCCUCGGCCACGACGGCAGCGUCUGGGCCCAGAGCGAGAGCUUCCCCCAGGUCAAACCUGAAGAGAUAUCUGGCAUUAUGAAUGACUUUGCGGAACCUGGAUCUCUUGCACCGACUGGUCUAUACCUUGGGAAUACAAAAUACAUGGUGAUCCAAGGUGAAGCAGGGGCUGUUAUUCGAGGCAAAAAGGGUUCUGGGGGUGUUACCAUCAAGAAAACCAAUAUGGCUUUGAUUAUAGGCAUUUAUGAUGAGCCAAUGACACCUGGACAGUGCAACAUGAUCAUUGAGAGGCUUGGUGAUUAUCUCGUUGAUCAGGGUUUUUAGGUUUGGUAUGUGGUCUUGGAAAUUUUAUACUCUUUUUUGUGUUUGUGUUCUUUGACAUGGACAUGCAUCUGUAUUGCAUUGCAAUGUUGGGGCAAAGUCAGUUUGUAUCUUGUGGAUUCUUAUUGGGGGAGUCUGCUAAUCAGACUCUAUGUUUUGUGAUGGCAUUGUGACUUGAAAAAUAAACGUGAUACCUAAAAACCUUUGAAUUGGUUGUUCCCGUAAUGUAUGUGGAUUGACUUUUCUAUACUUUUUGUUGCUGUAUGCAAUGUCUAA